AACGAGCUCGACGAGCUCCGAUUCCCCUGAUCCAUCCGCGAUGGCGACACCUUCCACAUAUUCACCGUCGCUCCUCCGCCGUCUCCUUCUCCUCCUCCUCCUCAUCGCCUCUUCGCCGUCGAUCUCCUCAGCGACGGCCGUGAUCAAAGACGAAGACCCGUGGGCCACCACCCCGCCUCCCCCGGACGGGGGGCCCUGCACCACGUGCGCCUCUUGCGACAACCCCUGCCAGCCCGUCCCCUCCUCCCCUCCUCCUCCAUCGCCUCCACCGCCGUCGCCGCCGCCAGAACCCUCCGUCGAGUGCCCUCCACCGCCAUCCCCUCCGGCCGAGGUCUACUACUACUCCCCUCCGCCACCGUCGCAGCCGGAUGUAGGAGCCUGUCCUCCACCUCCCUCCUCCGGCGGCGGCGCCGCCGGGGGCAACUGCCCUCCACCGCCGCCCAACCCUCUAGUCCCCUGCUUCCUUUGCUACUCCCCUUCGGGGUUCCCUUCUAGGUCCCACCAGGUGGGGCCUCUCUCUCUCGUUUCUUCUCUUCUUCUCUCCUUCUUCUUCUCCCUCUGUCUUCUGCUGUAAAUUCUUGGGUGUUCCCAAAAUGGGCUCCUGGGGGCUCCCAAUGUGCUACUCUUUUUCUAUCCUUGGUGGUGAUCUUCUCCUAGUAAUGGCUAUUCCCGAAAGGAGCUCCUUGGUUCAAAGUUAAGAAGUUAGAGCAGCACUCCGUCGUCCCUCGUGCUGUAGCUUUAUCGUUCUUCUGGGUCCACUUUUAUUUUGGCUAUGUCCAUGCCAACUGCCUAAGUGUGAUAUUUAUGUAAUAAGUGGGGUAUGGUUCAGAAUAAAAUACAGAGGUGAGAAAGUAGGGAAUUUAGUGAUUGCAAACGCUUGGAAGUAUAUUCCUUACCUGAAAUAUAGCAAUAAUUAAUUUUUAUAAUUAAAUGCAAAAAAAUGUUGCAAUUGUCAUUAAGAUAAAGUAAUUAAA